CGUUUCCCUCAUCUUCGUCCUUCAAAUCUCGCUUCUCCUCGCCGUGAAUCCAUAUUUCUGCUGCAGCUCUGUUAGGCGGUCUCGAUCGAUUUCUUACGUUCAUUAUGUCGACGGAGAAGGUGAGGGAGAAGCAUGUCUACAUGGCGAAGCUUGCCGAGCAGGCCGAGCGUUAUGAAGAAAUGAUUGAGAGCAUGAAAAAUGUUGCUAAGCUUGACGUGGAACUGACGGCUGAGGAGAGAAACCUUCUUUCCGUUGGCUAUAAAAAUGUCAUCGGAGCACUCCGUGCAUCGUGGCGCAUCAUGUCCUCUAUUGAGCAGAAGGAAGAGUCAAAAAAAAAUGAGAACAAUGUUAGAUUGAUUAAAGGUUAUCGCCAAAAGGUUGAGAAUGAGCUUAGUGAGAUAUGCAGUGAUAUACUCUUUAUCAUUGAUGAAAACCUGAUCCCUUCUGCCAAAUCUGGAGAGUCAGCAAUAUUUUAUUACAAGAUGAAGGGUGAUUAUAAUCGCUAUCUGGCAGAGUUUAAAACGGGUCCAGAGAAGAAGGAUGCAGCUGAACAAUCUUUGAAGGGUUAUCAGGUUGCAUCCAUGAAUGCUAGCACUGACCUUCCCCCGACCCAUCCCAUUCGGCUCGGUCUUGCACUAAACUUCUCUGUUUUCUACUAUGAAAUCAUGAAUCUUCCUGAAAAGGCUUGUCAUCUAGCAAGGGAAGCCUUUGAUUUGGCCAUUGCUGAACUCGACACCUUGAAUGAGGAGUCAUACAAGGAUAGCACCUUGAUCAUGCAGUUGCUGAGGGACAACCUCACCCUUUGGACCUCUGAUUUGCCUGAUGAUGGAGGUAAUGCAGGCGAUGAUGGAAGCAAAGCUGAGGAUGCCAAGCCUGUCGAAUCCGAGAAAUGAUAGCUCAUUGCUGAAGACGCUUUCGUGCUUUACGGCGGACUAAAAUUUGAAAGCUGAUGCAUGUCUCUUAUCGAUCGUUCGUCUGAUAGAUUCAGCCCUUCUUCUUCUUCAUUUUCUUUCUCCAGUUUUUAUCAAUUCUUACAGCUACUGUUUUUGCAUCAUUUAAUUCUGAUGAUAUAACUUAACUAACCAACGAAAAUUUAUUUGGUUUUCUUUGUGAUAGGUUAGUAUUUCUGCUUUUUAUAC